CUUGAUUCUAUUACUGAAUCUGUGUCCUAUGGUGACUUGAGAGUUGAGAUUCUGGAUUUUGCUUUAAGUUUUGAGACGGAAUUUUAUGAAUAUUCUUUUAUCAUAAAGCAAUGUAUAAGAUUUUAUUGUAAUAAAAUACUUGAUAAAUUAAUAGUAUUAAUUUUUUUAUAUAAAAAGGAAAUGUUACUUAAAAUAAUGAAGUUUUAGUCGAAGUUUAUAUUAUAAGCACAAUGAGUCGAUGUGAUUUUAAGAUUGUGUUAUUAGGCAGUGAACAUGUUGGGAAGACUAGUUUAGUAAUAAGAUUUGUGAAUUGUCGCUUUAAUGCAUCAACGCCAUACCAAAAUACAAUUGGAGCAGCUUUCUGUGCCAAAACAAUAUGUGUUAAUGGAAAGCCAUUCAAUGUUGGAAUAUGGGAUACUGCAGGUAGUGAACGCUAUGAAGCUAUGACACGUAUGUAUUACCGUGGGGCGCAUGCGGCGAUUAUAUGCUAUGACCCCUGUUGCCUCGAGUCUUGGACGCGACUCCGGCAUUGGUUGCAAGAAUUGAGGACAGUUGAAGAGGAGUGCAAAGUAUAUCUCUGCGGUACCAAAAAAGAUCUAAUCGACUCCGACGAGGUCCGGCGAGAGGUUCCAGAAGAUAUAGUACAUACAUACUCCCAAGGUCUACAUGGACACAGUCUGACCUCAAGCAAAACUGGAGAGAAUGUUGAAGAGUUAUUCCAGAAGAUAGUAGAGGAUUGUGUAGCAGAUAUUAAUGUGAUGAAGGAUGUGGAAGAGUUAAGAGUACAAUUACAAAAAGAGGAUGAAAAGAAGAGAGUGUACUGUUUCUGCUGAUAUUGAAUACAAAUUUAAAUUUUCAGUUAUAUGCAAUGGUUAGAGUGCUUAAAGCCGAUAAAAGUAUAGUCUGACUAUCGGAAGCAUUUUUGUAAACCAGCUUUCUGUGACUGACAUUUGAUAUGCCUUUAUAUAUUUCUGUAAUAUGUUUCCUUCACCAAUCAAAUGUUAAUAUAAUUCUAUUUGAACUCACAACCUCAAAAUUGAGAAUCCCAUUGACCUCUUGGUCAUAUAUAUGUAGUAUUGCUAGAUAGUGUUCUGAAAUAUCAAUAUGAAUUCGCCAUGUAAACAUAUUUUGACGAAUUAUUAACUGACUGAAAAUUAUUUCCUCAACAAUGUAUCUUAAGACCCAGAGCACUGUGAAAUGUUUAGAUUUAAGCUUAGCAAAAGCCUUAUUAUUCUAAAACAGCCUUUUAAGUACACAGUUACUUAAAAGUUUAACUGUCUAAAGCAAAUUUUGUUACGGAUUAAACAUUUUAAUAUGUAUAUAUUUCAGUAGCUUUUGACUAUUUGACUAUAAAGUCGGAUAAAAUAAGUAUAUUAAACACGAAGAUGUAUUAAAAUUAUACGUUUUAAUAUAGAGUAAAGAUUUGAGACUGUGAUCAAAUAACUAUUUUUAUAUUUAGGAUCUCAACUACCAAAGGUAUUUAAUUUAGGAUCAAUAAAGCCUUUAUAAUGCCUUCUAUUCAUAGACAAUUCUCCAUAUUUUUUUACGUAUGCCGUAUUCUGUGUUAAUACAUAUACUGAAAUAUUAUUUACCUUGUUUCUUUGUUAAUUUACGUUAACCCUACCAUAGCAUCAUUUAGUUAUUAGACACCCCAAAUAUUCUUAAGCAUUACUUUUAAGUUAACUGUCCCCUGUUAUGUAAUGUAUUGAAAUUCCAUUAUAAUAUUUAACAAAUUA